GUAAAACACUACACCAAAUCAGGAGAAACCAUUUCACGUCUCGUAUACACCUAACAGUAUGCGCUUCUUCGCUGUAGCAACUCUGCUCGUGGCCCUAGCCGCUGCGGCGCCGACUGAUGAAGUUGAAAGCCUCGAGAAGCGGGCUUGUACCAAGCGAGAUUGCAUAUCGCAGUGCUGCAAGCAAUAUGGCAACUGUAACUUUUUUACUUGCUCGGAAUCCUACUGCGGUGGGCUCACCCCUGUCUGUAAGUGUGUAUGCAGGAGGGUGUGAGAGAUUGUGUGCUAGACGGUUAGGUGGGGAUUAGAGGUGGAG